UCUACAACAUCUCGCAUCAUGUCUCAGAAGUACGAGUGGAUGGUCAUCUUGCCCGACAAUGUCGGUGCUUUGGACAAGAGAAUGGCUGUUAGAGAACAACACCUCUCCAACAUCAAACCCGACGCCGCAAGCGGUUUCUGGGUCCUAGGCGGAGCAAUGCUCGAAGACGUCCCCAAAGAAGGCUCGCCCCUGAAGAUCAACGGAUCGGUCAUGAUGGCUGUAGCAAGCUCCAAGGAAGAAGUGCUCGAAAAGAUCAAGAAGGAUGUUUAUGCUGGCCAAGGUGUUUGGGAUAUGGAUAAGAUUCAGAUUUUCCCUUUCAAGUCGGCUAUUAGA